AUGUGGACUACAACAAUUUCUCAUCUUCCAGAGGAGUUGUUAAACGUGAUUCUUUCUAGAACUGGCUUCAAAUCUAGGAGAUCAGUGAGAUUGACAUGCAAAAAGUGGAACAACUUGUUCAAGAAUCAGAGCUUUAUUGGUGAAGAUGCAACAACAAGGGAAGGGGAGUCUAAGAUGAUCCUGUUGAGGGAUAACACUCUUUAUUUAAUGAGCAUAGUCAUGGAAAAUGGAGGAGGAGAUGCAUUAACCGAGCAGAAAGGAAGACUACUACAUGGGGCUUUCUUCAUUGAUGAGGCGAAGAGAGUUGCUAUGAUUCUUGAUAAAACGUGGAAUGGUGAGGACACGUUUCACAUCAUGGGAGAUGCUGGAUACGGUAAAGAAGUGAGUCUUGGAGAACCUGAAGAUAAACUUUUUUACCACCCACUUGUGUGCUCUUAUGCUCCAAGUUUAGUGCAAAUCGAGCUAUCUCCAGGAUUCCAAAGGAAGCAACAAAGUGACUUAGAGAAGCGUCGAUGUGAUGAAAACAUAUCGAGAUUUGUUUCACAUGAAGAAGAGCUAACCAAGCGUCUUCUAUAUGCCGAAGCCAUCGAAAAGGGAAUACGAGAAGGUGGUAUUGGUUUGUGACUUAUAAAGAAUUUAGAUGAGCAUAAAUUCACCGAGCAUAACAAUUAUAGUCUGCUUUAAAAUGUAUAUGAGCAUAAUA